AUGAAUAAUACAACGUUAAUAUCAUUAUCAGAAAAUAUACAAAUGAAAUUAACAGAUACAUAUGAUACAUCUGGCGCUAUUAUGUUUAUUGUUGUUGUACUGAUUUGGUAUUCAUUAAGUGUUCUAUUAUUGUUGAGAAUGCAAACGCUAGCAUCUUCUGCUGUUGUUGAAAAUUCAUUCAACCACUCUACAAGAGUAUUUCAUACAAAUUUUCAUGAGAAAAGAGAUAAAAAACAAAUAUUAGAAGAAUUAGUUGAUAAAGAAAAACGUGAUAAAUUAUGGGAUAUUUAUUUUGGUACAUCAGAUGAUAUGAAUAAUAAAAUUACUCAUAAAGAACCAGUUCGUAUACGUAAUAUUCAACGACGAUUAGAAAUAAUCGAUAACGAUAAUCGAGAUUAUAAUGAAAGUAUUCAAUUUUUACAUGGUCAUCAUACUUUCGAUUCUAAAUAUUUCUCAUCAAAUCAAGAUAAAUCUUCAUUGGGUGGUAGAUUACGUGUUCGACAUCAUUCAUUAGUAGAUCGUCAAACACUUGAAGAAUGGAAAACGAAUAUUGAUGAUGAAAAACUAUAUGAAAAUUAUCCAUUAACAAUUCAAAGAUUACUUAUUCGACGGCAUUUACGAAGACAACGUCUUGAUAAAAAAGUUGGAUUUUUACGAAUAAAACGAUCGGUUUCAUAA